AAUUGCAUACGUUCUCAGCCAUUAACAAAAAAAAAAAACGAAAAAAAAUUGAUUUUGCAAACCAGUUACAUAACACUGAAAGAUUUAUUAAUUCGUAAGAAUUAUUUCAUGUUCCUAAUUUUUCCCAGAGAAAAUUUUGAAAGGAAAUGAGAACGAAGAACGUAUGCAAUCUAGAUUUCUGUGUUACGUCGUGUCUUUCUUUUCCUGGUGCUUGUGCCGUCUAUUCGUGCAAGAAUCUGUCAUUUGCAUAUUCGACUAAGUAUCAAUGAUAUCGCGAGAGUGCCUAAUAACAUUUUGGUUGAACAAAUCGUGUAACGUCCGAGUGUUGAACAGCUUUCAAAGAGAGUUCAAGUUUUAAUUCACUGAUGUUUGAAUCCAUUCCCGAUCUACGAUUAAAUCUUCAUCAUGGACAUGCGAAGAAUGUCCAAUUGGAACGUCCUGAGCGUGGAAGCAGCUCUUCAACAACUGAACACUUUCGAGGAUGAUAAUACAGAGAUCAUAAGACGUCCGAACACGACUAUAGAAAAAUUGCCAGACAAGGUGCUUCUGAAUGUCUUCAGCUACCUCUCUCAUCGCGAGAUAUGCAGGGUGGCACGUGUGUGCAAAAGGUGGCGGCAAAUCGCUUACGACACACGCUUAUGGAAACACGUAUCCCUGCGACCGGAAAUCAGUGGAUUACACGUGAAUUCCUUGGACAAUCUACUGCAUUUGAUCAGCACACGUUUUGGAGCUUCCUUGAGGUACAUUGAAUUACCCAUCGAACUGAUCACCCACACGGUGCUCCAUGAGCUGGCGAACAAGUGUCCAAACCUGACCCACAUGCUCCUCGACUUCUCCACUGCGAUGCAGCUGCACGAUUUCUCGGAAAUGCAGGCGUUUCCUACGAAACUCAAGUACAUGUGCAUCUGUCUGUCGGAGGUGAUCUUCAUGGAGGGUUUUAUGAGGAAAAUUUAUAACUUCAUUAAUGGUUUAGAAAUUCUCCAUCUAAUAGGGACGUACGAGAAGGUGGAAGAAGAGGAAGAAGAAAUCUACGAAGUGAUAAACGUCCACAAACUAAAAUCAGCCACCCCAAAUUUAAGGGCGAUCAAUCUCUAUGGUAUCAAUUUCGUAGAUGAUUCACAUAUUGAUGCAUUCUCUUCGAACUGCAUCCAGCUCGAAUGUCUGGCUGUGAAUUUCUGCGCCAAAGUCACUGGCUCGACCAUGAAGACCCUCUUCCAGAGGAGCAGAAGAUUAAAGUGUCUCCUGAUGCAAGGAACAAAUCUUCAAAGUGAAUACGUAAUGCAGGUGGAAUGGGAGAAGUCUAGUGUCCAGGAGCUGGACGUGACCGGGACGGAUUUGUCGACGGAAUGCCUGAUCGAUAUGUUGACCAGAAUUCCAGGUCUCCGUUUCCUGAGUGCAGGCCAGUUGAACGGCUUCAACGACAGCGUGUUGAAAGCAUGGGCUGAACUUGGCAAUCCUCGGAACCUGAUUGCCUUGGACUUGGACAGUUCCGACAAUCUGAACGACGAUGGUCUACAUAAAUUUUUGUCCAGAUACGGUCACCAGCUGUGGGGACUAGCUUUGUCCGGCAUGCCUCACAUUACCGAUCAAUUAUGGCAAAGUGUGUUACCAAUAUUAACAAACGCCAAAAUUCUGGUAAUGGGAACGCAUGAGAGAUUGGGUGUGAAUAUUCACGUGGAUCAAUUAAUGGAUGGAAUUGCGAAUAAUUGCCCGAAUUUAGAACGUCUGGAGCUGCGUUGGGACCCGGAGAACCUGAGGUUCUCCGACAAGAGUCAAAAGGCCAUAGACAUACUUCGCGUGAAGUGUAUUAAAUUACGUUGUCUAAGUUUGAGCGAUGGAAGAUAUUAUGAAAUAGUCAAAGCGAACUUCGAGCGUGCCGAUAGGCUGACGGUCGUUCGAACGACGACGUGUUGCCGCGUGUCGAAUUACUACCUCUUAGCCAAUUAUAAGGAUCUAAUUUUUAAUUAAUACUUUCUAUAACUAUACAUUUAUAAACGAGAGGGAUUUAUGCGUAAGUUUUGUUCCAUAGGAUCGACGAGUCACCGAGGCGACCAAUGAUACCAAACAAAUAGUGGAUCAUGACUGCUAUUGACCAAAGGAAUUGAUUCAAGUAUUUAUUCCACGUAUUACUGUAAGAAAGGCCGUGCAAAAUGUCGGAUACAUAUUUUUUUACGCUACUUUCGAUCAUGUAUAUAGAUAAAUUUAAUUGUAAGCUGUAAAAAUUGAUUAAAUCUCGAAUGUCUACGACAAAUA